ACCGCGAGAGAGAGGAAACACAUCACACAAAUACCACCACCAGCUAGCAGGAUGAAGGUGGUUUCUAUCUGCACGAUGCGGUACAACCGCGACACAGCGGAGCCUGUGAUGUUGUCACAGGUCAACGAGCUGUCAUCCUACGGCUUCUUUCAGCGCCAGGGAAUUAAGGAGAUGUGCACUUUCUUCAGCAAGACCAUCGUUAAGCGCACGCAACCGGGGCAGCGCCAGAGCGUACAGCACGAAGACUACAACGUGCACGUGUACAUGCGGCAAGACGGAUUGGCGGGGACGGUAACGGCAGAUCUCGAGUACCCACCACGAGUCGCGUUCGUGCUGCUCACGCAGCUGUUGGAGCAGUACUCGGAGCAGGUCUCGUGGCAGUCCGAGAUCAGACACGAGGCCAUUCGAUUCCCUCCGAUGGAGAAAAUGAUUGUGGACUACCAGGACCCGGCGAAGGCGGACAAGAUCACCAAGAUUCAGCGCGAUUUGGACGAGACGACCGAAGUGCUGCACCGAACCAUCGACAACGUGUUGGAGAGAGGGGUAAGGCUGGAUGAGCUCGUGGACCGAUCCGACGACUUGAGCCGACAAUCCAAGAUGUUCUACAAGCAAGCGAGGAAAACGAACAGCUGCUGCGUGGUGAGCUGAUUGGGAAGGGCAUUGAGCGGGUGGCGGGGAAGGAGCUCCUCCGCGCGAAGCCUUGAAGCCUUGGACAAGUCGUCGCAACGAGAAAGAAAGGGUGGCCACGAUCGUUUGUCUUUUUUUGUCUUUAUUUUUUUUCGUGGCAGUCCCGUCCUGGAGCCUGGGUGUGCACUUUUAUCGGGUUCAGCGAUUGUACAUUGGUAAAAGACGUUCAAGUUGAGCUCGCGGGGUUACAUUGGGUCUGCUUUUUUGUGUUUGUUUCCCCCAAAGGUAUCUAGCGCCCUCGCCGCCACCACGGCGGCCGCCGCCGGGCUACCGCCAUACUUGUUGUUGUGCUGAACUUGUGAGCGUUUUUUUUUCGACUUUGUGGCCUGGAGUCGGUGUUCCGUAGCUGCGUGAAGGGUUGGGGGUUGUUUUGGCCUCUUGUCUUGCCUUCCAGCACAAGAAGAGAAGUCAGCUUGAACGUUGGUGUGUGUAUAGUACUCAACCCGGUGUGUCGGAAGCGCUUUUUGUAUUUGAAAAAUAGUAUGGCGCUUCGUUUGUCAGAGACCCGUCCGCACUCUUCGUGAAGCGGUGCGCGAGCUGUGCGGUAGGUCCCGUUGUAGUCCGCGAGAAAGGUCUUCACCGCGGUGCCCUUGUAGGAUAACAAAACUAGACCUAGCAGGCAACCCGCGGCUUAUCGGAGCCCAGACGGUGAGUAGGGACGCCUCUUUUGCCAAGGCUGUUUGUUUUGGCCAUACUGCUGCAAUGUUGAGGUUUAGGGUAUAUAAUUAGGAAAUGAGUGCAGCGAUCGCACGGGGGGGUGAUGACCCCUUGUCUUUCUGUACGAUAACAACCUCUGCAAAUCCUGGGUCAGGACAAGGGCAUUGUUCCAGGAGACUCAUGUCCGCCGGGGAUGAAACCUUCCAAAAGGGAAGCCUCAGGAGUUGCUCCGAAACCACCCCUGU